AAUUUCGCACGAUACUAUCAUACAGCAUCUGUAUUAGGAAAUGGAACAGUAUUAGUUGCUGGUGGAAUUGUUUAUAGUGGUUUUCUCAACAGUGCAGAGCUCUAUUGA